CAUACUUUCGCAAGUUGCGCCGGAAAUCCGUCCACUUCGAUGUCAUGGCCCGCCUUGGAGCGUCGCCGGCCACGGCCCUACAGGGCACCGCAUUUGCCGGCCGUGGCCAGCUUGCCCGUGCUGCCGGCGCCAACAGUGCAUUUGUACGAGCACAUUCACGAGCACCAUCAUUACUUUUACAGGCCCGAGCAAGGACAGGUCAAGGAGACGCCCAUCACUGAAGAAGUGAGACCAGAGGAGGGACCGGUCACUGAGCAGAUGGUCACCGUCGAAACCAGAUUGGAGCGCCGGAGAUCGACUGUGGAGCGUUCGAACGCUCCCAAGCGACGUGCCAGCAAAGCUGAAGAAGCUGAGCCGAUGACGAUCCCGCGGAUUGUGGUGGAGCAGGUGGAUGGCCCACCUUCGUCAAGUCAGUCUCAAACAGACUUGGAGGAGCCGCCCGCGCCCAACGAGGCGGAGGCGGAAGAUCCGUUCCCGCGGUGGAAGAAGACGUCGAGACCCAAGCCGAAGCCAAUACCGAAACCUGCCAUGGAUUUCCUGAAAGAGCCCAAGCGGCUGGACCCACGGGAGGAGGGCGACAUGAGCCGCAGCUCCUCCAGAUCCUCCGUCCGGUCCAUCAAUUCCCAGCAGAGCCAUCGGGCGAGCGUUCGGAGGAAGGCCAAGGCCCCAACAGCUCCAGUGAACGCAGAGGAUGAGGAUUCGGUGGAUCCUUUGUCAUUGCGGCUGAAGCUCAUCCAGGACGAGCAGAAGUGGUCAGACUUCCGGCGGUAUCUCAAGCGCCACCUGCGGGAGCUGCCCGACUCGUCGAAAUCCGAGGCCAAGCAGAAGCUCAUGGGUCGAAGGGUCACAGGCACCUCCAAGGAUCGAUCCAGGCUGGAGCAUCAAAAGGCCAAGGAGUCUCAACAGAGUCAGGACCUUGUGAGACACGUUGAAGAGGAGCUUCGUGCAUGUACCCGAUCGCGUGACUUGGAAGAUAGGCCGACGGGGGCAAGAAACGACACUUAGUAGACUUAAUUGACUUAAUUACUUGAAGAGACCUCAAAACUAUAGAUACAAUUGCUUCCCUAAUAUGAUUGAAGAAGGGAUGUUUGCAUGCAUGCACACAUAGUCCUUGGGGGCUAUUACAGUGCUGUCUGCGGAGGUUGCUUUUCUCUUGUCUUUUUUCAGAGCACGGUUAGGCCGUAGGCUUGGAUGAAAAAGCAGAUAUUCCUAGACGCUCAGAGAGUUUAUUUGAACACUUCUGUAUGUACAUAUAAUAUACAAAAAAUACAACAACUAUAUUAAACAACUUGGAGGGUACUGGCGCAGGUGCUGGUUGCCUUUGGCUUGGCCUCUCUUUGAGUUGUUCAAUUAUUGGGGCUCCUCCAAAUCACACACCCCAAAAACGCCAUUGUUGUUUGUCAUUGUUCUUUCUUUGUAGAGCGACAAGAGAAUUGGUGCCAAGAGUUCUGUGGGCAUUUUCAGGAUCUUAGUGGCGACCAAAACCACAACUCUAGAUCCAGUUAUGAUGUGACUCGGUCACUUCCAAGGUUUGUGACUAUGUUUUUGUCAGGGUGCAGUGCACUCAAAACAGUUUGAGUUUCUGUCCGAAAUCGGCUGGUUGCAGAGGCUGUGUUGGUCAUCCUGCAAGGCCACAAAGUCCUCAAGAUGCAAGAGACCCUCCGCCGCCGCGGGGUGCAGUUCUUCCGUUGAAUUCAGUUCGGCGCGUUCCGAGGCAGGGCAGGUGCACCCUGGAUAGCCUCGUUUGGGUUAGGGAGGUUUCCUUGUGUUUUGCAGGCUACAAACAGCAAGCGCCAGGUUUUCUUCGGUCAGCGGUUUUGGGGGAUGUUGCCAGCUCCGUCAGGUUUCAGUUGGAAGACAUCCUCAGGGCCCGUCCCCAUUCCAAAAUCGGACAACUCUUGUUGCUUCACCGUUCAUGGGAUUCAAAGGAGCAGCUCUUUUCACUGGCAACUUGCAUCAGGCAAUGAUGCGCUGAUCCGAUCACGGCAUCAACAGACAUAGACAGCUGAUGUGAUCAGAACUGGGUCUCAUCCCUACGACAGUUCCUCUAAGGCGGUUUGGACAGAUGUUCCUCCUUGGAGGGCUAUGUUCGUUUGGGAAGUGUAGUAGUCGGACCUCUUCGGCAUUUUGCCUGAGGGGGUUUGGGUUGCCGCCACA